UACGCGAAGCUAUAACGGUACACAUGUUGCUGUCGGAAAACGCGAGCGGUCCAAGUGGAAAUGUAGCCCAAUCCGUUCGCUUCAGGGUUUCCAUUUAAAGCGCUCCCUCGCACACACACUAACACACCUAAACACCAGCACAAACACACUCUCGCAUCGUAACGCGCACCCACACACACCCACACACAUACGCAGACCAUCGAAUACGCACAAGUGUUCUCGGCUCGAGCACGCACCACUACAGGCGCACAAGUGCGGUGUAUCUGUGUGAGUAGAAGAGGUGUUUAGCAUUGUGCUCAGAUACAGGAUUCAGUGGCCAAGUGCUUAAUAAAACCGCAAUAAACCCCAAAAGCGUCGAAAGUGAUAAAUGCAAAUUAUCCAUAAUGAAAUAUAACCAAUCGCAAAUGUGUGUGGCCUCAAGCAGCUAGCGAUAAUCUCGACAAAUGGCCAAGUGGUUAUGCAUCCCCGGAGUUAAUCUGCCGGUUUUAAGUACUUCAAGUUUACCGCAAAUGUGAUUUAAUACAACGAAAAUAUGUUCAACGCAAAUGUUGACUAAAACAUAAACUUGUGCCAAACUUUAUGGCCCUAAACAUUAUUCAGUUUUCUUUUUUGGAAAUAUAAUCAGUGGAGUGACUUGCUGACUAUAAAUAAUAACAAUUUUAAUAAAGAAAAUCUUUAAAAAUACAAAAAAGUUUACACUGACUUGCCUAUCUUCACAUUCUGACUUUUAUUCGAAACAAACCUUUGCAAUUUAAAAUACAAAUCUAUUCACAAAAAAAAAAUGCUUAAUUUAAUGUCUCUCUGUAAAAAGCUUUCCCGAAACCUUGAGAACUUUAUUUGCUGACCCUUCUACCGUAAAAAUGUGUGCUGUCUGAAACCUCAAGGAUUAACCAAAGGAAAAUUUAUAAAAAAAAAUUAUCAAAAUCCCGACAGACUGAAAUAGCAACAAACGUUUCCGCGGCUGACUUUGAAAAUCCCUCCACUCCAGCUACAGCUCCAGCUCCAGCUCCAGUUGCCGCCACUUCAGCGGCUCUCCACUCGAAGGAAGGGCUGGCUGCUCGGUUUUGCGGUGCCGUGCCUCGAGUUCGUCGAUAAUUGGAAUUUACGACUGUGGCAUAAAAAAGAAAGCGCCAGAAUACGGACUACAAGGCUGCCAGGAUAUAGCCACGAAACGGGCACGGGCCCAUCGUUGUUGUUUGGUGACUCGUGCUCAAACCCCAUUCCCAUUCCCUAUCCCAUUCCCAUUCCCAUUGCCAUUCCUACUCCCAUUCCCGAUGCCCCUUAACCCCAGCCCAUGCCUUCGAUGAUGGUGCCGUGUAAAUAUUAUUUUUUUUUGUCGUCCCUCCGUGUGCGGUUCAAUUGGCCCUGUCAGUGGCAGGCGCGCUGAUUUGUUAUGGUAAUAGUUGUCAAAACGAGAGCAGAUUCGAGAGAUCCUCGGCGGCACUUGAUUACACUUGGCAACACACACAAUGAAAAACGUGCGGAUAGUGUGAGCUUAACGAAAUCAAAACUAAAUUGCAGCAGGAGGUGCGAACGUAAAUCUUGGCCAAUUAGGAGUGCAAUCAGUUCAGUGCGAGCUACAAGCUCGUUAAGUGUUUCGGGUUCUUAACCAUACAUCUUUCGGUUUUAUCGCAGAUUCCGCUCAGACGGCAUGUCUGUGGCUCAUUAGAAGAAAAACUAGCCAGAAGCUGGCCGAAACAAAAACACAAACAAAAAAAAAAUCCCAAUCCUAAUCCAAACCAAACCAAAGCGAAAUCAAACUCAAACAAAGCGAAGCAAACUAAAGCAGGGCAAUAAAAACAACAUGGAAUAUUGAAUGAAAUCGGCUGGCAUAUAUGCACAUACAUUAGCAGCAGAAGGACAGCAAAUCGCCCUAGUUGGCCCCCUAAUUCCGCAUCAUGGAUGAAAAUGCGAUAAUCUAUAAAUGGCUAUGAGAAAGGUCAAAGGAAAAGUCUUAGCAACCGAUAAGUUUGAGUAAAAUAGAAAGCAAAAAUCAUGCAUCACGAGGAAACGUACCAAGUAGUUUGCCGACUGAUUGAAAAGGAGGAGCAGGCAAAUCGGGAGCAGACCCGCCGGAGAAGGGCCACGCCCCCUCAUCCAUUCCCCAGCGCCAUUGCCUGGAGGCAGCUUCUCCUGCUUCUGCCCCUGCUCAUGCUGUCUGGAAUCGUCCAGGUGUUCGGCACGUACAUAGAACAGGAUGAGCUCAUGCAGAAUCUGGAUCGCCCCGUCCCGCUCACCACCGUGCAGGGUGUCCUUGGGCGGCAGGCGAUGCUGCCCUGCGACAUUUCGCCGCAAGAGCGGGACGAUGCCGUCUACAUGGUCCUUUGGUUUCGCGAGGGCGAUGGCGAACCCAUCUACAACUUUGAUGUGCGAGGCCGGCAGUUUGGUCAGGCGCGUCUGUGGUCCUCGCCAUCGGCUUUCGGCACUCGCGCCCACUUCAGCAGCACCACCCACCCCGCCCAGCUGAAGAUCGAUAGCAUCCAAAUCAAGGACGAAGGGGUAUAUCGGUGUCGCGUCGACUUCCGCAAUUCACCCACCCGGAAUCUGAAGAUCAACCUAACCGUCAUCGUGCCCCCGGAUAAGCCCAUCAUCUAUGGCCAAAACAGGCACGAGAAGGCCGGAAACGUGGAGUCCUUCAACGAGGGCAACGACAUUGUCCUUUCCUGUGAAGUCUCAGGAGGACGGCCGCGACCCAAUGUCACCUGGUACUUGGACAACACGGCCAUCGACGAGUCCUUUGAGCAGCGCCCCGAUGGCAAGACCAUUAACCAUUUGUCCUACCCAAAUGUGGGCCGGCAGCACCUGAACUCGCGGCUAAUGUGCGUGGCCAGCAACACGAACUUGACGCCGCCCAACAACAAGGUCGUCAUCCUGGACGUGAAUCUGAAACCCAUUGCCGUGCACAUUCUCACCAAGGAUCGGUUCGUGUCCGCGGAUCGCACCUACGAUGUGGAGUGCAAGAGCUCCGGAUCGAAGCCGCCGGCACUCAUCACCUGGUGGAAGGGCAGCAAGCAGCUGAAGAAGCUCACCAAGAACUUUAAUGAACCCGAUAAUCAAUCUCUAAGUAUACUGACGUUUACGCCCGGACGCGAGGACGAUGGCAAAUAUUUAACAUGUCGGGCAGAAAAUCAAUUCAUCGACGGCAGCGCCAUCGAGGACAAAUGGCGACUCAUUGUCCAUUACCAGCCCACCACUACGCUGAAGAUUGGCUCCUCGCUGAAUCCCGACGACAUCAAGGAGGGCGAUGAUGCGUACUUCGAGUGCAUUGUGCUGGCGAACCCGAAGCCCUACAAGAUGACCUGGUUCCAUAACGGCAAGGAGCUGCAGCACAACAUAUCCGCGGGCGUCAUCCUGUCAGAUCAGUCGCUGGUGCUGCAGAGCGUCUCACGUGCCUCGGCCGGCGACUACACCUGCCUGGCUGUCAACUCGGAGGGCAAGGGCCCCAGUAAUCCGGUCACAUUGCGCAUACGCUAUGCUCCGAUUUGUGCCACGGACCACGAGGAGCUGUUGGGGGCCCUCAAGCACGAGACACUACCGCUCAAAUGUGAGGUGGACUCCUCGCCGCCGGCGGACUCCUUCCACUGGACCUUCAACUCGUCCGGCGAACAGACGGAACUGCCGGCCCGCCUGCACUCCAGCGAGACGGGCAUGUCGCGACUAAACUAUACACCCAGCACGGACCUUGACUAUGGCACGAUAUCCUGCUGGGCCAAGAACUCCAUUGGCACGCAGAAGAGUCCCUGCGUGUUUCAAAUUGUGGCAGCCGGUCGGCCGUUUCCCCUGCAAAACUGCUCGGUGACCAAUCAGUCGGUGGACUCGCUGCAAGUCGACUGCCUGGAGGGAUUCGACGGAGGACUGCCGCAGGGAUUUAUGCUGGAGCUGGUCGAGCUGAACACGUUGCGUCUGGCCAGGAACAUCACGGUUUCGCACACGCCGGUGACCUUUGUGAUAGAUAAUUUAGACCAGGCGGCCACCUAUCGCAUGGUGAUAUUCGCAGUUAAUGCCAAAGGUCGGUCGGAGCCCACCAUAAUCGACGACAUCAACUUCAAGGGCGUGGCCAAGUUCACAGGCGCCUCGACCGGCCUUUCGAUGCCCCUCUCCCCGUUUCUGGCCGGACUGACCCUCUUCUGUGGCCUGCUGUUCGCCAUCUUCUGCAUCAUGCUGGCGGCCAUCUACCGGAGGUUCUCCAAUCGGCGCAGCGACAGCAAUCUGAAGGUGGCCAAGCACACGCAGCUCACGAUUCCGGCGGACUGCCAGCUGGAUCCGCUGCAUCCCGGGGCUCAGUCGGACGGAUCCGGCAACCACCAGCCGCACCACAGCCUCCUGCCCCUCAACUGUGAUGGCCCCGCCCUGGGCGAUGUGGGCGGGGGCGGCGGCAUGGGCGGCGGGGGCGUGGGUCUCGACGGCGGGAUGAAGGGCAGCGCUUCCAUUGGCCUGGUGGCCAUGUCCGGCGACACACUCCGUUCGACAGCCCGGACUCGGCACAGUCCCAUGGCCGACCAGGCCGACAUAGAUGACACCGAUCCCGAUGUUAUACCAAAUCAGUAUGAAAAACGUCCGCUGAAGAGCCUGGUUUCCCCGCCAGGCUUCGCCAGCCCCUCAAAUCGCCUGAUGCAGCGCGAUUACCUCCGGGAAACGGAGCUCACGAAGGGGGGCAGCGACGUGGGACUGGGGGCCGCGGAGGGUCUGUCCAGCAUCGGACUGAUGAGCAGCUCCGGGAACGAGGUGCUCCACUACACCUUCCGACCCAGCAAGCAGAUCAGCUAUGCCACACUGAACAAAAAGGGCAUCACCACCUGCAGUCCUCCGUUGGGUGCGCUGAACUACAACGUGAGCACCUCCACGCCCUCGUCCUCGUACCACCUGACGCCCCAGCCCAUGGAGGUCAGUUUGUUGAGCCCGAACAAUCCGUCGGUGACGUCAUCGCUCAGCGAGUACCGAUUUCGCACCGGUCCGGAGAUCGUCACCACCUCGAAUCGCAUACAGGAAAGUUGUAUAUAAAGCUCUCACACCCAUACUUACAUCUGAGUGUACAAAAACAAAACAAAAACCAAA